CCAGGAAAUCCGUGCACGGCCGUGGAUGUGUCUGAGCCCGGUGCUAACUUGUGAGUGAGGAAAACAGUGGUGGACAGAGUGGGUUCUGUUAUUUUUGGUGCUGCCAGACUACACUAAUGAUUCUCAAGUGACCAGAGUUUUACGUCCGUAAGAGAAGCUGGUCCCAUCAGACCCAUUAUCGCUGCGGUGGUGCUGUCCUUCCCCGACGCCGACGUCUGCUCUCCGCGGCCAAGCGCUCCGCGCCGGGUCCUCGGAGGAAACCCCCGGGCUGUCAGGUCGCGCUGGGAGCGAAUACGGGUCAGGGACUUGUGUUAUUCUGGGCAUUCCCAGCAGGAAUGCUUCCCCUUGGAAGCCCCUCCCGGCUUGUGGCUGGUGUUUUCCUGGGAAUAAUCAGAAGUUCGCGUCUCCGUCUCCCAUCAGGAAAGGUUGCAUCAGUUUAUUUGAUUAUGCUCGGUCCCCCGGGGGUGUGCUGUGAACGAAGCUCGGGCUCAGGAAGCAGCGGGCUGCGGGUGGAGCACAGACCCUGGUCGUCCGGGGCUUUUCUUCUCUUGGAGUGAGAGGUCUGCCAGUGUCCCGCGGACCCACGCCACCAUGUCAGAGCUAAUUCUGAACUGCUCUGCCAUGACCACGGCGCGGUACCGGCCCACGUGGGACCUGGCCCUCGACCCGCUGGUGUCGUGCAAGCUGUGUCUCGGGGAGUAUCCAGUGGAGCAGAUGACGACCAUCGCCCAGUGCCAGUGCAUCUUCUGCACUCUGUGCCUGAAACAGUACGUCGAGCUCUUGAUCAAGGAAGGACUAGAAACCGCAAUCAGCUGCCCCGAUGCCGCCUGCCCUAAACAGGGCCGUCUGCGGGAGGACGAGAUUGAGUGCAUGGUUGCCGCCGAAAUUAUGCAAAGAUACAAAAAGCUGCAGUUUGAAAGAGAAGUGCUCCUGGACCCCUGUCGGACUUGGUGCCCGGCGUCCACCUGCCAAGCUGUGUGCCAGCUCCAGGACAUGGGCCUGCAGAGCCCACAGCUGGUGCAGUGCAAAGCCUGUGCCAUGGAAUUCUGCUCUGCCUGCAAAGCCAGCUGGCACCCUGGCCAAGGCUGCCCGGAGACCAUGCCGAUCACCUUCCUUCCCGGAGAGACCAGCUCUGCUUUCAAACUGGAGGAGGACGACGCACCCAUCAAACGCUGCCCCAAGUGCAAGGUCUACAUCGAGCGGGACGAGGGGUGCGCCCAGAUGAUGUGUAAGAACUGCAAACACGCCUUCUGCUGGUACUGCCUCGAGUCUCUGGAUGAUGAUUUCCUCCUGAUCCAUUACGAUAAAGGACCCUGCCGGAAUAAGCUGGGCCAUUCCAGGGCGUCUGUCAUCUGGCAUCGGACACAGGUCGUGGGCAUUUUUGCUGGAUUUGGGCUCCUGCUAUUGGUGGCCUCGCCUUUCCUGCUCUUGGCCACUCCAUUUGUACUCUGCUGCAAGUGCAAGUGCAGUAAAGGUGACGACGACCCAUUACCCACCUAG